AUGGCGGUGGCCACCUCGAAAGCCGCCGAUCAAAAGCAAGAGCAGCAGAGACUGAGGGCACACUGCGAUGACGCAUGUUCCACCGAUCUUGCCGUUUUGGCGUUCAACGUCGCAGCAGCCAACCGUUUUCGACCAACCAUCCACGUACUCGUGGGCCAGACGAUCCACGCCGAGUCCGCCGAUGCACCUCUGCUCUACCGGCUGAACCGCGGCGUCGCGUCUCUGUCCCACGCGACCAGCGAGGUGGAGCUUGAGCGCGUGGACCGCCGCUUCCACUCCAGCGCCGACGCGGCCCCCGCGAUGCGCGAGCGGACGCGGCAUAUUUACGACCUGCGCCUGGUCAAGGGCGUUCACGGCACGCUGUCCUCGCUUCCCUCGGAUAGCCCGGGCUUUUACGCGGCGCCCCAGAGCCGGAGGCGGUCGCUCGGCUGCUUUGGGCUGAAGAAAUCCCGGGUGCCGGGCCGUUUGUCCUGGAAGGCGCUCCCGGUGGACCCCACGGGGAAGAGCAGCAAGUGGAACGUGGCGUCGUUUGUGAAGGACGGAACGCCCGUGUUUGAGAUGAAGCAGAAGAAUGGGAGAUAUGAGUGGGUCGACGGCCAAGGCAAGCAUAUCGCGGUCGAGGACGAGGGGAGGACCAACAUAGGCUGGUCGUCACGGCAUCGCUGCCCCAGCAGACGGUGGAUGCCCUGA